UCGUCGUCAUCGCCGCCGUCGCGCUCGCCGUUGUCGGGUCCUCCGGCGCGUAUCAAUCGCCAGGUAUCUGCCGAUCGUCGCGGAUCCGUCGAAGCGCGAGUGCCGCGGUAACGACAUUAAUCGGGGCGGCGGAGCCCGCGCGCGCGAGACCAUGAACGUCCCGCGGGCGCGAGACGCGCCGACGAGAUAGUCUACCGAGGAGGCUGGCUGGCUCGCGAGGCCUCUCGGUUCACCCCACGGGGCGCCGAGAGUAGGACGUUUCUCUCGUUUGAGAGGGAAAAAGCGGGAUAGAUCGAUAGGCCAGCUGGUGUGCGUGUUCGCGGCGUUUUCGCAGCCAGUCGGUGUGGUCGCGCGGGGUGCGGCCCCAGGAUGGUGAAGGCACCGACCAUGGGACCCGCCGGGGCAGGCCCGGCGGGCAUCAGGAGGAUCCACCCCGGCCCCGAGAUCGCUAUGAACCCGAGGAACCUGCCCACAGCAUCCGCGAGCAUGCCGCCCGCUAUGCGAGGCGAUGCCAAUGCUGCCGGCAGAACGACACCCGUUUAUCAUCCUCAGGUGGACGUCUCUACGCAGGUGGAUCUCCAGGGCGGCUUUGGCGGUCCCGUUGUCAACAUGGACUCGUGGGAUCGUCGCGCGACGCCGUUGUACUCGCGCGAGGACAUCAAGGAGCAGUACUGCAUCACCAGCCGGCAGCUGGACGCCGUCGAGAAAUCCGGCGGCGGUUUCUUCGGUUGUCUAUCCACGAGGGGGCCGUCGCCGUGCAGCUCGACCAGGAACUCCAUCUUGUCGGCGUGCGUGCGUAGCGUUCCCAGCGACGAGAACCUCUGCGACGCGCCCUAUCCCCGAAGGCCCCUUCAAAUCAUGUACCGUCAGCCUUAUCCGACCUACUCCCGCGGUCCGUCGCGAUACGACCUCGAGGACGAGGCGGACUGGAUCGAGAGUUCCUACUUUAGACGGCGCCCGAGAUCGUUUUGCACUGUGCCCGAUCCAAAGAGAUAUACUUGGGUUCCGGAAGAUGAAGAAUCCAUGAAGUUGGAGGGUCCACGGCCGGUCUUACCACCAGUUGUUCCACCGCCUCCUGCUUCCAUAAUAACACAAGUUCCAAAGACGAAACACGUGAGCUUUGCGAGGUCGCACACGCUCACGUCGUUCGACGUACCGAGGAACAGGAGCCCUCCGAGACCACAUAAUCCGGAGCGUCUUAUAGACUCGCAGCCGACAAUGCAGAAUACUAUACUGCCUUCGUCCUUGCCCCUAGGACAUCCUUAUCCUGGCGUUGAGCCACGUGUUCUCGUAGUUGAGAAACCACUAAAACACGGUGCCAUGAAGACUCAGGCGACGCAGACCGAGAUCCCGGCAAUGUUUCGCGGUCGUGUGCUUCCGGUGACUCUCAGCCCGCGAACCAUCCAUCGUGUCAAGAUGGUUUCGCAGGGCGCUCAAACGAACGGUGUUUUCAACGGUAGAAAAUUGACAAAAAGUUAUUCGGAAGCCGGACAAUUAGGGACGCCGCUGGGCGGUCAGUCUGGUGCGCCGUCAAAGGAGGAAGCACAUCACGAACACGAACCGCUCCACAGAACUCAAAGCGAGGAACCACCAAGGUCGCCUUUUCUCGUUUCAACAACACCACCGCUACUUCCUCCCACCACCACCACCGUUGUUAUUGAAGAAACCCUGCCAAACGGAGACAUCGCGAUUGUCGGUGUUACUCAACAACGCCAUCGUAGAUCCUUUGAUUUAGACGAUCAGGAGAUUUUCAUAAACUUCAAACCGGCACCGGUGUCGCCGGACGCGCGGGCGCUUCUCAGCCGGAUUUCCGAGCCUACGCGCAGGUUUCUUCCUCUCCAGAAGACCUUCUCCGACGGCGAGAUCCGCGUUGAGAGACGCGAGCUGAUCGGAGAAAGUAGCGAGCCGAGUUAUCCUCAUACUUGCAGAAGGAACCAGCAGGAUCCUUGGGGCAGAACUGUCAGAGCACCCGUCCAAUUUUCCUCGACACCCGAGGAUCUGUCCUUGCUACGAAGCUUGUCGCCCCACGAGGAUCACCAUGAAGAGGAGUUCCAUGAAAAUUUAAUACGCCGCGGGCUCUUCCGAAAGAGAAGCGUGUCGCUCGAGGAUGGUGUACAAGGUGUGCCGUCAGACGACUUCAUGCUUCCCAGAUCGCUUCCAACUUCACCUACAUCGCCAACAGCAACAGCAACGACACGCAGAAUCCCGCAGACCCCGAAGGACGAUUCGCUACCGAGCGCCGCCUUACUGCACGCCGCGGUCUGCCCGCCUGCUUUCAGCGCCGGGAGCAACAUUGCCGGCAUCAUCGGCCAAAUAACAUCACCGUUCGCCUCGAGUGACUCUUUGACGAACGACGUGACUAGGGACCACAGUGACGGAAUAUGGAACGAGUCACAGGCGACGGUACUCCAGGCCGACUCGUUAGCUUUACUAACGCCGUCCUCAAGGAGAAGACACCUUCUGCUUCUGCAGCAUCAGCAGCGCUCCUCGAUGGACACCGAGGCCCUGGACGUGGAAGACGAGGUGGAGCCUUGCCCGCCGAGUCCGAGGAUACGUCUGGAACCCGCCACUCCGGUGCAACCCCUCACGCCAAGACGCGCUUACAGAAUACAAGAUCUGUUACCGGUACAGUUUCAACAAAUUUACUACAAUGACGUACCUACAUCAGCACAUUUUUAUGCAUACGAUAUUAUCGAAUCGUCUAUUUCUGCGAGUAACGGUCGACCGAGAAGCGGAUUACGCCGUGCGAGUCCCGGCCCGCCGCUGUCUCAACCCCAAUCGCAAUCGUCGAGCGAGUUCGGCUUGAGCUUAGCUAGGACUGACUCGGGCGGCCGUACGAACACCGACCUCUCCGAGACUUCCGAGGAUUACGUCACUGCCAAUACUUCUACGGAAACUGGGACCACCACAGGCACGUCCGCUACGACCAGUUCCUGGUCGAGACCACCGCAGACGUCCAGCGCCGCGGCGUCGGCGGCAUCGGCGCCCGCCUCGACCACCGCGACUGCCUUGGAAGGCAGCUCCUUCGAAAGCGCCAGCUCGAUCUACAGCUUGGCAAGAAGCGAGGCCGUUAUUGAAGAACCGUGUAGUCCGCCGCCGAUCUUAGAAGAAGCGGAAAUCGCAUUUGGAUUAGAACUACCUCCACCGCCAAUGAGGUCCAGCAGCAGCAGUAGUUCGGGUAGCUAUGAUCUAAAAGACGCGAUGACAGAUCCGAAUAUUGAGUUAGAACAAGUUGCCCCACCCAGCGGGCACACCUCAGAGACCGAAUUAGAUCGAGAUGAGGGUCACCGAUCGUCAUCCGGUGGUUACGCCGAGUCACCACCUGACGUUCGUAUGUGGAGCGAGGAAGAACGUCGCCGGAAGAAGAAGACCUUCAGCCUGGACUUUCUUGGAGCUGCGAACAACAUCGAAGUGGAGCACGCUGCUUCGGAGUCGGCGUAUCCGGAAAACGUCGAGGUCAGCCCGACACCCAGCCACCGUCACAGAUCGCGAAGCAAGCCGACGUCAGCCCGAAGUCCUCACCGAAAUAAUAGAAAGCGAGAUACGGUGCAGCAAUCGGUGCAGCAGCAGCAGCAGCAGCAGCAGCAGCAGCAGCAACAGCAGCAGCAGCAGCAGCAGCAACAACAACAACAAGUGCUCAGAAGUCCUCAGAAGGAAGAAUGGAGGGUUGAGCAAGCCGAGGACGGCCCCCACGCACCGACGUCCGACGACUCGAGCUGCAGUCAUCAUUAUCACAUGUAUCAUCAUCACCAUCAUCAUCAUCCGCGGGACGGUGCGGAAAGUGGAAGGCAUCGUCGAGUUAGAGAAAGCCCGAGGAGAAAGACCAGUGGUUACAUAUCUACCAGAAGACGCAGCAAUGAAGACAAGAACGCAGCGUUGACGGGCAGCUUGCCGCGACGAAGAUCCCGUGUCGCGGAUGACAUAGUUUGCUCCAGCCGCCUGAGUCCUGGCCGUUAUCAGCGGAGUCCGGGGCAUAACGGUCAGCGAGCGAUGGUUCUGGAGGCGCAGAGCCCGGAAGCGAGACUGAAAGCGCUCUCGGCGGAAUCGCUGAGAUCCGUCAGUCCGGGUAGCGACAGUGUCUUCUACAGCGAGAGCGCCGAUCAGCCCUGCGUCUCCGUCGCCGCUCUGGACGCCGCGCAUUGUCACCAUUGCGGGAGAGAGGUGUCGGAAGAGAUCGUUCGACCACCGGCAGGUUUCGCGGACUCUCCGGAGGGACACAGAAGCACAGCUUCCAAGCACGUUACAGGACAUCGGCUGUACAAGAAGUUCGACAAGAGAUACAGAUCGGAAGACCGAGGGGACCGGAGACAUCGUCGCAGUAGCGCCGUCAGUAGAUCGGAUAUUCGAGCGAAAUCGGAGGAGAGAGCCACCCCUCGAUCUGGAAGCAGAGGUUCGAUCGACGACACCGGCAGGCGGAGGCUGCAAGCUCGAAGCACUGACGCCAGUAUGGAAAUUCUCACAGGAAGAGAAGACGAAGAUACUUACGUGGAACCCUAUACGAGCAGUGAAUGGAUUUAUAUCGGGGAUCUCGAAGAGAGUCACGUGUGGAAAAGAUCUGACAGCAGAGGUGAUGACGAUAUCACGGAUAGCCAUAAAGACCGACGGGACUCUCAAGAAUCCACGGAGAGCGAAAAGAAUUUUAAGAAGAGAUAUCAAGCGGCCACACACAGAAUGGUGCAUCGAAAAAGCAGCGGCGAGAUGUACAAGAGGAUACAAACGAAAUGUUUCGAGAGUGACAAGAGGGUGAUCGUAAAACGCGAAGCUGGCGGCGAGUUCGGUUUCCGCAUUCAUGGCUCCAAGCCCGUCGUGGUUUCCGCGAUCGAGCCAGACACGCCCGCGGAGUGUUCCGGUCUCGAGGUUGGCGACAUCAUCAUGUCGGUGAACGGCAGAAGCGUCAUGGACGCCACGCACUCGGAGGUCGUGAGAUUGGCGCACUCCGGCACGGACGUCCUGGAACUGGAAGUCGCAAGGACCUGCAACGUAUUGGCGCCGCGGGUUGCGCGUGCAGGAGUUAAAGAGAGCGAAGAGGCACCUCUCUACUCGGGAUACUUGUGGAGGAAAUCGACGUCGUCGAGCGCGGAGAAAUGGGUUCGAAGAUGGUUCGCUCUUCGUCGUGAUAACUGCCUGUACUGCUACAAGACUGACGCGGAUUCGCAACCGGUAGGGGCAGUAAUGCUCCUCAAGUACGACGUGGAGUAUACGCCUGAAUUGAGAGUGCACAGUUUCGCGAUAAAGAAACACGGUGCUCCGACGCUACGACUGGCAGCCGAUACCGAAGAUGCGGCGGCUCGAUGGGCUACGGUUAUACGUGAAGCUGUCGAGAGGAACGAUCAGAUUGACACUUGGCUGGAUUCUUCGCUAAGGAUGAGAGAAAUGGCUGCGUGUGCUAUUCAGAGGGCAGAUUGUUUCGGAUAUUUGAGCAAACAGCAGGAACACGCACGGAAAACGUCCUCGCCCACCGGUUGGUCCCGGCGUUAUUGCGUGUUGAAGGACGCAGCGCUAUAUUUCUACGAUGAUGCCAACGCCGAGAAGGCGUUCGGCGUGGCGUGUCUGCACGGUUUUAGGGUGCAUAGCAGCGCUCCGAGUUCCGGCGGCAGGAAGCACGCUUUCGAGCUGCAGCCACCGGAUCCCACGCAGAGAAGCUAUAUCUUCGCUACCGAGUCCGAAAUGGAUAAGAAACGGUGGUUGGCCGCCCUCGAAUAUUCGAUCGACCGAUGGAUAAAGAUAGGUUGAUGCGAAACAAUCCGCCCUACGACGAAUCCAACGAGUCGCAGUAGCGAAGAUCGUCCAAGGAAAUAUCCUCGUCCGCACCCGCUUCCGGUUCCUAAGACGUUGUGAAAAUCAUCCGUGACAAUCGCCGUUGUUACCUCGACGAUCGGCACACGCACUCGCGGAUGUUGUCAAGACUCUCAUUUCGACGCAACAUUAUUCAAUCUCAUCGUCACGAUCAUCAUUGUAGCUGCUGAUUAACAGUGACGUCACGUUAAAUUGUUCAAAUAAAACGUUGAAAACGUGCAUUUUGUGUCCCAUUUUGUGCGAUCAAUUUCAUCGCGCGUAUCGUCGUUGUGUAAUCGGUAUUGUUUAUCAGCAGUUUAAUUCGCAAGUCCAUUAAACGUCAUCGAAACUAUUUGAGCAGAGAUUGAAAUCUUGGUGAACUUGACUUUCGAAACACGCUAUCAAAAUAGAAAAACGUACCUUCCGCCAGUUGUUGCAUUUUCUUUGUCGCGAAUAAGUAUGACAAAGUCCCUAUCGAAAUCCAAAUUCACUAAGAUUAUACGAAUUUCAAUUUUCGAACUGUACUUUAGAACUCAUCGCUAGAGGCGCGUUAAUCUUUCCCAUUUAAUCCCAUCCUGUCCAUUGUAUAUCUCAUCAUCGACGUAAUACUUUACGAAUACUGAUCAAAAUGUGCUUGUAAAAAUGAUGGACACUGAAGAAACUGAAUUUUCUUGAUUAUCACGACACGAUCUAUCCGCGGCGGUCUCGAUAUGUCUGCGAAAAUGGAUGUCCUUCAAAGCUGUUUGUCGCUGAAAUUCUAUACGCACACGAAGACAACUCUAAAGCUGAGGAGAGUAUCUUUAAGAACGAGACGAAGUUCGUUCAUCGGACGAUUAAUUAAUUGUAACAGCGAAUCGGUAGAAAGAGAAAAAUAUACACUUUGCGAGUCGCAAUACGCGUAUACGUGCAUGCGUAGCGAUAGUUACGCGUAUGCGGCGUACAUGUGCAUGUGGAAUUGCCAUUAACCAAUAUAUCGCUAUUCUUACCAAUGCCAAUAUUUGUAUUAAUCGCGGGAUUCUGCCCGUGAGAACGUGAAAAACGAAGCAACUGCGCGCGUGCAGGCAUGUCUAGAUUGUAUAAACCCGUGCAUACGUUAUCUGUGCAAUAGAAGAAAAAACCAAGGACAUCGCGCAUUUCUGUCAAAAAUCACGCGCAUAUUUUCGCGUAUAUGGUGGGAAGUGUGAGGAGACCGGCGUACAUUUUAAGGAGAGGAUAACCCUACACUGGCACAUCAGGUUCAGACUGAUCCUGCCCGCUCCUACCGGUGUAUAUAGGGUGUCCCGAAAUUAUCGGUACACAUUUUUUCGAACAAUUAAUGGAAAUUAAAUUAACAAGAUACACAUGACGACUGUCUUGGUAAAUUAAUGAAUUUUAUAAUAAAA